AUGCUAUCUCGCAUCUCCCCUCUCCUCCGAAUCCCGCCUUCUCACCCACCCUCUUCCAUGGCGGCGCGUGUCCUUCCGCGCGCUCUACCCUCCGUUGCAGCUCUUUAUUCGAAGCCUACGUCUGGGUCCCCUCCUCUUCGUUUUCAUUUGAACAAGUCGUAUCUGGAGACUGCCUCUCUAUUCGGAAGGAGGAGAUUUAUCAGUCUUGACGACAACUCAGGUGCUGCGCAUAGGUUCGCGGGCAGAAAUGGGAAUGUCACGGUGGCGGCUCGGCGGGAGUACAGGAAGGUUAGGAGCAGAAGAUCGUCUGCGGCGAAGAGGAAGAGUAAGGAGAAGGAGCUCGAGUUGAGUGUGAAUAUUUGCCUCGAGGAACAAUUGCCCGAAGAUCCUGAAAUUAUGGAUAUUGCAGAACUGAUGCGUCUUAAUGUUCCAAUGGCGAUGAAAUUAGCAUUCGAGCGUCUAUCCACUGCAGAAUAUUCAACCAGAGAUGCUACAAUAAGUGACAUUGGCUGUUUUCAGAGCGUAGAGCUAUCAGUACUUCUCUGCAAUGAUGAGUUCAUUCAAAAGCUUAAUAAGGAAUGGAGAGGUGAAGAUCAUGCCACAGAUGUCCUCUCAAUGUCCCAACAUAUCCCUGAGCUCAAGCUCCCCAUUCUAAUGUUGGGGGACAUCGUGAUAUCUGUCGAGACAGCUGCACGACAAGCUGAGGAAAGAGGGCACAAUCUUAUUGAUGAAAUACGCAUUCUCUUGGUUCACGGGCUGCUGCAUCUUUUGGGAUUUGAUCAUGAGUUGAGUGACGAAGCAGAAGAGGAAAUGGAGAACGAGGAGGAACUUAUAUUGAAGGGUGUUGGUUGGAAGGGGAAAGGACUGAUCCAAAGCGCAUAUGAUGCUGAGGGAAAUGGCAGUCCCCAUACUGAUUGCACGGGUGACAGGAAGAGAGAAGGCAGUCUCCGUUUUUACAAGCCAAAAUUUAGCUACAUAUUCUGCGACAUGGAUGGUACACUACUAAACAGCAAAAGUCAAAUUUCCUUAUCAACUGCAACAGCUCUAAAAGAAGCCUCAUCAAGGGGUGUAAAAGUGGUUAUAGCCACUGGGAAAACUCGUCCGGCUGUAAUAAAUAUUUUCAAGAUGGUAAAUUUGGUUGGCAAAGAUGGCAUUAUUUCGGAGUUUUCUCCUGGAGUUUUCGUACAGAUUUGCUUUCCUCUCUCCUACACUGGCUACGCAGAUGAUGAUUCUCAAAGACUGUUGCCUCCAAGCUCCAUUAUCUCGUUCAAGGUCGACUCCGUCGCUGUCUCCUGCAUGAAUCCAUCACUGCCUCGGAAAUCACAACAUAGCUGUUUGGAAAUCCAGUACCUCUUGUCGCUCUCUCCGGGACAACCCAACGCAGCCUUCGAAUCUUGA